UUUGCAGACAACCGGAUGAAGCUUUACAAUAGGUGUUCCUAUUGUGUUUUGUUUCCAUGCUAAGAGGUUUAAGGUUCAGGGUAACCGUGGGUUUUCUUCAGCAGCUCUGCAACACGCUUACCAGGAGCUCUGCCCAGGACUCUGCCAACCAAAUCGAUUGACAUGUACGAACAAACAAGUUACUCAAUUCACCGGAGUUGUUGCUGCUGGAAAGGAUGGUGGUGCAAGUGUCGCCAUUAAGGAAGUGUGACUGACACUGCUUCAGCUUCUGAACGAACCAUCGUGUGAACAUUCGUUAUGGAGCUUUUGCCCUGUCUUCAACGCUUUUACCUGUAUGGAUAACCGUAAAGGAUAACUACUGUUGCUGAUCGUUACAAGUAUCAGCCAAACGCAACAACACAUUGACCAGACAUCGAAUAUCGUGUUGGUACACUUGAGAAUACUCUACAUUAACACGAACAUAUUGUUGAAGAGCGCUGUGAUAACAUAAAUAACUAUGGGUGGUUGUUCAUCUAAAGAGGAAGAGGCAGGCAAGUACUUGGUGCAGUCUUUGUUCGAACAUGAGGCUGGCAUCAACUGUAUGGCCCUUAGUGAAGACGGGUCUGUUCUGGCCACAGGCAGCGAGGACAAAACAGCGAGGCUAUGGAGCACUAGAACGGAGUAUUGUGAAUGUAUCGGCAUCCUCCGCGGACACACAGACUACAUCAAUUGUAUCCUUAUUGAGGACUGUUAUGUCCUCACCGGAAGUGCAGACAGGUCCAUCCGGAAGUGGGAUGUCGGAACGUGCGAAUGCAUACUUGUGAUGCGUGGUCAUUGCUCUCUGAUCUACCGUAUGAUCUGCACCGGAGACUUUGUAUUCACCAGCUCGUAUGAUCGUACCGCCCGAUGCUGGGAUUUUGAUACGGGGGAUAAUGUACGGGUGUUUCGUGGCCACAAGAGAGGUGUAUACCCUCUCAUUUUCAUCCCAGCCGAUGAGGACGAACUUGCAGACGACCAGGAUCUGGAUGGAGGGCGGGAUAUCCUCAUCACUGGGUCGGCUGAUUUCACCGCCAGGUCGUGGAACUUCGAUACCGGAUGUUGCUUGAAGAUGUUCAAGGGGCACCGAGGGGCCGUCACGUGCAUGAGUGUCGACCCAACCGGCCGAGUGCUGUUUACCGGAAGCACAGAUUUCACCGUGCGCAGCUGGAAUCUAUUCAAGGGCACCCAGCUUAAGAUGUUCUCGGGCCACCAGGGGGCUGUCAUUUGUAUGCAGGUUGUCAACAAGAUCAUGUACACCGGCAGCUCCGACCACACCGGACGGUCCUGGGUUACUGAGUUCGGCGACUGCACCCGUGUCUACAGAGGCCACAAGCAUACAGUCAGUGUCAUCAAGGUGUUCGACGGCAUGGUUUACACAGCUUGUGGCGACUCUGUGUGUCGAUGCUAUGACGCCAAGAGUGGCGCCUUAAAACGGGAAUUUCUCGCUCACGAGAGUACCGUCACAGCUUUGCAGGUUGUUGACGGGCGCCUGUUCACGGCAUCGUAUGACGGCAGUCUGAAGGUCUGGGACGCUACUGGGAUCAAGGAUGACACAACUUUCGGCAAAGACGACGACAAGGACAAAGAUAAGAUGCGAGAGGUGGAGAAAUAUGGGGGUUUCGAGCAGCCACAAGUGGACAACAACCAAAACGGGAUUCAUCAGGACCAGAAGAUUAUGAUUGAAUAAGCAAGUCAUAUUGGGGCGUGGUUUGGGAUAUUUGGCUAGGUCCAUGUAUACCAAUUUGAUAGGUUUGUUAAUGAACAAUUCCAAAUUGCUUUUGGGAUGAAGGCGCUUUAUUUGUAAACUUACAGUCUGCAACAGUUCAACGAAUAAUUCCUUUGUGUUGCAGGAUUUGAUGUUAACGUAUAUAUCAAGCAAACGUAAUGCACUACACCAUACAAACUGCGAAAGUAAGAACACUUGGCGCAUUAAUUACACAAACAAGAAUAUCAAUCAAACCAAAUAAUGGCAAGUUGUUGUACAGAUGCUUUGUACAAACGCAGGCAUGGCUUUGUUGUAUAAACAUUAUCUUUUGUUGCUGCCUAAAAGAUUCACAGUAUUCAGGCUUCUGAAAUAUUUCCAAAAGCAAAUAGGCUUAUGUCUGACAGGACUGCAGGAAAACACCAUAUGGCAUCUAGCCAAGGAACCGUCUCUUUAUACAUUAAUGUCAUAUGAAAUGGGAUAAUUAGUGAUGAAAUGGCACUGGGUAGCUUACCGAGGGAUGUUUCACGAAUGAUGUCUUUCACAAAAUUCUAUAUUUUCACACGUUUGAACACGCACUUUGUUAGAUACAGAACAGACGUUGUAAAUAUGUGUUGUCGUCAUGUAUAAUGUUGUUGAUUGUAAAUAACUCAUAUCCGAUGUGGGACAGGUUUAUAUUUGUCCAAGGAGAGUGUUAAGUAUAAUAUAAAUCGAAACGAUUGACUUCAUUUUGGUUUUAAGGAUUAACUGAUUUUGAAGAAAGGUAUAUUCGAAGUCACUUGGAAAGGCAGAAACAAGUUUGAUUCAUUUGAAUUCGUAUUUAAGAUUUGAGAAAUGUUUUCCGUGACCUACAUUCAUUAUCCCUCAAUUUCAAGUAUAAGAAUAGUAUUGAUGCUUUGUAUGAUGGGUAGACUAUAGCGUUUGUUUUUUUCAUUUGAAUGUCCUAGCUGAUCUACGUACAAUUGUUUACUGCUGAUUUUCAACAUUUACUAGUUGUCUUUUUGCGUUUGUUAUUUUUAGAGAUGUUUUAAAAUCUCCUUUUUUCUCAACUGCUGCACGCCUUCCUGGACGUAACUGCUGAUAUAUGGCGGACGUAGACAACUCAUUGUUUGAACACUUGUCGACUUAUUUUAUCCUUUCAAUGCUCACUAAUUUUAAAGUUUUCAAUUCGAAAUAUUUUUUAAUUGAAAAUAAAGUAAAGGGUAUGAGCAUCCUUUUUUAAGGUAACGUCAGCUUUAAUGGAAUAUGACAACAAUGCUUAUAUUUACAAUAGUUAUUUGCAAAAUGUACCUCUGCACAGACUUCACAUUGUAUCAGACAAUUAUUUUAUUAGAUGAACAGUUCCAAACAAAUGUUAAUUGUGUUUAACAUAUUUAACAUUUAAUUAGUUAAAAUCUGCGGUUGGUUGAAAAUUACACUAGUAUAACCCAUAUGCAUAAUUUGUACAUGUGUUCCAUACUUGCACAUUGUUAAUGCAAUCUGUGAUGUUGUAUAAAUGAUUGUGUAGUAGAAUCAAAGUUAAUUGUUAAUCCGUCCAUCAAAUUGUGAUAUACAUGUUUUAUCUCUUGAAAUAUUAUGUAGCAAGUGAUACGUUUGUGUUUUAAGCAAAUCCAAAAAGAAAAUGUCUGCAUUUUGAUUAAGUGAUACAAAUAUCUAGAAACUGUUUUCAAAACCGCUGAUGCAGCAUCAGCCAAAAUACAGAUAUGAUAAGUCAAAUAUUUAUAAUAAAUAUUAUUUCAUUCGGUAUAAAUCGGAUAACAGAAAAAUACCGCACAUGAAUGUUUAAACCAUGUACAGGGUAGUAUUAAUAUUUCAGUAAUUGUUUUUGAAGUAGAAUAGUUGAUGGGCAAUUUAUGGACCAAAAUAGUGUUGGUUGAGGUUAAUUUAAUACCGUUGUAAGCCAUUUUGAAAUAUAAGGACAUGCUUUUCAACCUGUGUACACAUAUGCUUUUAUCAAACCACGAGGGUUUCUAACAUGAUAAUGACAAUCUCAAUCUCAAUCUUUUCAAUAUUAUGUAAAAUACCAAUCUACUGGUAAAAGUAGAAAUACAAAAACAAUUCCUUCAAAAGAAGUUGUUGUAUGCCUUGAACCCUGAGAGAAGGAAAGUCGUUAGUCUUCUGCUUCUGUGGUACUGUGGUACUGUGGUACUGUGGUUCUGUGGUUCUGUGGUUCUGUGGUAGGUAUUUGCUAAGCAUAAUAGGCAAAACCGAAGCAGUCUUAGAUAUCUGUAGAACUACUGACACAUCAAUUGUGAGAAAUACAUUCACUGAACAAAAACAGCAAGCUUGAAAACCAAAUUUAUAUAAUAACAUUAUGUUCCUAAAUAUGAGAGUUUUCUCGUUUACUUGCCACUAUUGUCCCAUGUAACUGUUUGAUGAGGUUGGCAUGAUCGAUAAUGGUAAAUCAGAAGACUCGCUUUUAUUGCUACUUUUGAAUGCAUGGCAAUUACUAGUAUUAGUUUCGUUCAAAAGAAAGAAGUCAGUUAUUCUAAACCUUGCUUUUUGUCUUGUUUAUGCUUUGAAAGGCAUCAGUAUGGCAAAAAUAUAUUUGAUCUGCGGGGCGCAAGAAAUACCUAAUCAAGAUAUAUGUAUGUCUACACAAGAAGACGGCUUUCAGUGUCAUCAAAAGUGGAGAAAAACCGAACACUAUGUUCGGAGACUACACAUUCUUUGAUUUUUUGUGUUGGCCGAGUUACUAUUCCUGGAAUAUAUGAAAGGGGAACAUUGAUUACAGAAAACACAGAAUAUUAAUUAUGUCUGGUGCAUGCUGAUCUUAUUUUGCCAAGCAGUUGUUCCUAAGGGACAUUCAGCUAUGUGCCUUUCUGAGAUUCUGUUAAGCUCAUAUGCAAGACAGUUUACCAAGCAAAUUUGAUAAUUUCGAGCAUUGUUUGAGAUAGGCUGUAUCCGCGUAGGCUCUGACUGUCUAUGCACCCACUAAUUAUAAAAUAGUGUCAGAGAGACAGGCUUCAAGGUAGCACAUUCAUGCCCUGCUAUUAACAUAUCUGUAAAAAAAUAUAUAUUCAAUAAAGAAACUAUCCAUCUUCA